AUGGCUCCCGUCAAGACCUCCAACGCUGCUGUCAAGAAGUCCAAGUUCGUCAUUGACUGCUCUGGUCCUGCUAAUGACAAGAUCUUUGAUGCCGCUGCUUUCGAAAAAUACCUUCAUGAUCGUAUUAAGGUCGACGGUCGUACCAACAACCUUGGUGAUGCCAUUACUAUCUCUCGUUCUGCUGAUAACAAGAUUACCGUUGUCGCUAACAUUGCCUUCUCUAAGCGUUACCUCAAGUACCUUACUAAGAAGUUCUUGAAGAAGAACCAAAUCCGUGACUGGCUUCGUGUUAUUGCUUCUGAUAAGCAAACCUUCGAACUUCGUUACUUUAACAUUGCUAACGAUGAAGCUGAAGAUGAUGAAGAGUAA